UCACACAGGUUUCCAUGCUGAGAUCACUGAACCUACAUAAUUCAGCCCAAGAUGAGUUCAACAACUUUUGCAGUGGCAAGUGAGGACGAGUCAUACUCUUUCCUCCAGGAGACACUUUCCCUGACUUCACAUCAUCCAGACACACCAUGAGGGCGUUUGCUGUAGGACUAUGGAGCUAUCGGAGUCUGAUCAUCAUCUUUCUUACACCACUGUUAUUACUGCCGCUGCCUCUGGUCAUCCCGUCCAAGGUGUCAGAAUGUGCAUACACCCUGAUUCUGAUGGCGGUGUUCUGGAUGACGGAGGCAAUGCCCCUGUCUGUUACUGCCCUCCUUCCAGCGUUCCUGUUCCCUCUCUUCGGCAUCAUGAAGUCCUCAGUGGUUGCAACAAUGUAUUUCAAAGACUUCCACCUGCUACUACUUGGGGUUAUCUGUCUUGCGACAUCCAUAGAGAAGUGGGGUCUCCAUCGCAGAAUUGCCCUCAAACUGGUCACUUUGGUUGGAGUGAACCCUGGCAUGUUGAUGCUGGGCAUGAUGGUAGGCUGCGGCUUCCUCUCCAUGUGGUUGAGCAACACAUCUACUGUAGCCAUGGUGAUGCCCAUUGUAGAGGCAGUGAUGCAGCAGGUGAUGAGUGCAGAAGGUCAGGUCAGCACCCAUCAGGAGAAGGCAAUGUCUGGCAUCUGCAAUCCUGCACUCCAGAUGGAAGGUAAUGCUGAGAAACAGUCUGAAAAGGGCAAGGAAGUGAAAAGUGCUGAUCCAGUCAUUACUGAAAUAGUUUUGACUGUCCCUGAAGAAGAUCAUGCCACAGAGAACCUGCCAUAUUCACCACUAAACUCAAAGUACAGGACCCACAGAGAUCACAUGAUGUGUAAAUGUCUGUCCCUCUGCAUUGCAUACUCUGCAUGUAUCGGUGGAUUGACCACACUACCAGGAACAUCCUCCAAUCUCAUCUUUGCUGAAUAUAUUCAUCAGUUCUACCCAGAGUGCAAGUCCAUCAACUUUGGGAACUGGUUUAUUUUCUCCCUUCCGAUUUGCAUCAUUAUCAUGUUGUUGGGCUGGGUAUGGUUGCACUGGCUGUUCCUGGGCUUGGAUUUCCGCUACAUGCUCUGCUCCAAAGGAGGCCGUCCUGAGCGAGAGAUUGCAGCAGCCAAGCUCAUCAAGGAGGAGUAUAACGCGCUGGGGCCCGUAAGCCGACAGGAGAAGAUCACCCUAGUUAUUUUCUCGCUGAUGGCACUGCUGUGGUUCGUCAGAGAUCCUGGCUUCAUGCCAGGCUGGGCAUCUCUAUUUCCUGACUACCCAGGCUAUGCCACUGAUGCCACUGUGGCUCUUAUUCUGGGCGUUUUUCUCUUCAUCAUCCCUGCUAAGAGACCCACUGCGGAUGGCUAUGAGGCAAUGAUCUCAUGGAAGGAGUUUGAAGCUUGUAUGCCUUGGGAAAUCUGUCUGCUCGUGGGUGGAGGCUUUGCUUUAGCGGAGGGCACCAAGGUUUCUGGUUUAUCUUCCUGGGUUGCUGAAUUGAUGACCCCGUUAGGAAGCCUCCCUGUGCUGGCCAUCGUUGCCAUCGCCUGUAUAAUUGUCACCUCUGUCACUGAAGUGGCGAGCAAUCCAGCUACCAUCACCAUCUUCCUACCCAUCCUCUCUCCUUUGGCUGAAGCUAUCAAGGUUAAUCCCCUCUACAUGCUGAUACCUGCAACCCUUAGUGUCUCCUUCUCCUUCCUACUUCCAUUUUCCAACCCUCCAAAUGCCAUUGUCUUCGUAUAUGGGCAUCUUUCAAUUAUGGAUAUGGUAAAAGCUGGACUGGGCUUGAAUAUCAUCGGUGUUCUUGUAGUCCUGUUAGCUAUCAGUACAUGGGGGACAGGAAUCUUCGAUCUGAACACCUUCCCAGACUGGGCCAACAGCCACGGGCUUACAAACACGACUGGCUUUUGAGCAGUUACACUGUAUUGUAUAAUACACACACACACACACACACAUAUAUAUACAUAUUUAUAUAUACUUAUAUUGUACAGUAUACUGAGAAAUAAUGAGCAGUGCCAAAGAGUGCUUGAUUAUAAUGAGUAAAUCACCUCUAAAUAGAAGGAAGUGAUUUGGACUCUCCAGGUCCAAGUUGAAGAUGCAAGAAUAAUAUUAUAUUGUGAACUAUUUUGAAAGUCUUGCUGUGGAUUUUACGGUGAAUGUUGUUAAGAACACACUUAAUGUGUCCACAUUUGAUGAUUUGUGUUUUGUAAGCUGUCUGAAGGCAAAGUGUUUGAGCUGAAGGAGUAAGUAAUGUGUGCUGUUCUGUAUAUAGAGUUUUUUUGUACAGAUGAUACUUUUUAUAACCAAAACUAGAAUAAUAACUUUAUUUAUAUGAGCACUUUUUAUACAUUUCAGUGAAC